AUGGACAAGGACCUCUCCAACGGUGUGACUCGUGCCACCCUGCGGAUGCAGCCAUGGCGCGAGAGUGACCUUAAUGUCUUGCUUUAUUCGUCUUACACGAUAUUGAUUCACCUGUGUGAAGUAGAUGGCCACGUCCCCUUCAGUUACUCCGCCGUGGUAUUGGCCAUUGAGAUCCUAAAGCUUCUUCUAUCUAUCGGGAUGUUUCUCAUAGAAAUUAGACGAGAGCAAAAACAAAGUGACGUUAGCGGCCCUUACUUCGAUUGCUUGGGCAAUCGCCUGCGCCGGGAGUUCGGUGCAUCCGAAAGCGCCCCUCACUCAAGCACAAUGGACAUCAAGCUCGUUGUUCUGCCCUUUGCUAUUCCUGCUAUUUUAUACACCAUAACAAACAACCUCGGCAUCGCCAUACAAAUGGAGAUGGAUCCAGCUACAUACCAGGUGCUCGGAAACUUCAAGGUCCUCAGCACGGCUAUUCUGUUUCGGCUCAUUAUACAAAGACUGACAAAUUUCGAUUCAAACGCAAAUACUUCGUCAAGUGUACUCCACAUAACUCUCAAAGGAAUCUUUAUGAUUAGCAUUUAUUGCACUGUCUCUGGUCUUGCCAGUGUUUAUACGGAAUACGUUCUGAAAAGACGCGUCAACAUGAGUCUGAAUGUUCAAAAUGCAACUCUUUACGUCUUUGGAAUAGUGGUCAACGGCUUACUGUACGUCUUUCAGGAGGGUCUCAACAAGGGUACCUUUAAUAUAUUCCUCGGAUUUUCCGUCUACACAUGGAUCUUAGUGGUAACACAGGCAAUUAGCGGUAUAUUCAUGGGCUUCGUAAUGAAGUACGCCAAUAACAUCCUUCGUCUGUUUAUAAUAUCCUCCGCCAUGGUAGUCACGACAAUCCUUUCAAUCCUCAUAUUCAAUCUAGUUGUCAAAACAAGUUUUCUAAUUUCUGCGUCAACUGUUGUUGCUGCCCUUUUCCUCUACAACAUGUGA